AUGAAUGACAGCCUGUUUGUCACUUUGGACAGACUUUUGCUAGAAUUUGUUUGCCAGUAUGAUCAAGACAUGAAAGCAAAAGAAGAUAUGAUUCAACAAAUUAAUAAAUGCUUUGAAGAUAUUAAAGAAAACAAAACAACUAUUUGUAAGAUACAUGAAAGCAUAAAUGUAACAGAAGAAGAAAUUAAUCAUUACUCUAAACAUAAUGACGAUAUCAAAGACAACUGUAGUGACUGGAAGCCAACAUGUGAUGUUUUUCGUAAACAUGAAGAUUAUAUGCGGGACAAAUUGACUGUUUAUCAAGAAACUAUUGAAAAAGACAAAAAAAUGUACCACGACUAUAUAUGCCAGUAUAAAGAUGUGUUGAAGCAAUAUCAACUAAAAUAUUCAGAAAUACCUUUUUCACAUGAAUAUUAUAAGAAGAAAACAGAACAUGAAGAAGUUCAAAACAGAGUGUUGGCAUGCUCUGAACAAUUAAAAAUGAAUGAAGCUAUUUUAAUGGAAUUUCUAGUGCCUGCUCCCUUUCCAUCACUUACUAAAUGGACAUUACACAUGGUCAAUAUGAGAUGUAAAACAGAAGAAAUUCUUAAACUUGCCAAUAAGUUUACCAAAAGUUCAUCUGAAUUGAAGAAAGAAAUAGAUGAAGUGGAAAUAGAAAUUAAUUUCUUAAAUCAGACUGCAAGACUUUAUGAAACUAAGAAAUUUUCAGAGGCUCUGGAAGAAAAGAACAUUAUAGAAAAGAGAAAGGAAGGGAAAGAAAGAAUAUUUGAAAAAGAUGAACAUGUACUAGUAUUGGAUAAAAACCAUCAAAACAGUCUGUUAUUUCUUCCUUAUGAAUCUCAGAAAUUAAUCAGACCAAUAAAGAUGAAUUCUUCAGGACAAAGAGUUACAGAUAAAAAAGAAGACUGUUCUCUGAAGCUUGCCAAUAUUGACUUCAGACGAAAAGAAAGUGAUAAACAAGUAUUUAAUGACUCUGUGAAUAAAAAAUAUUCACAUGUUCCAACUAUUCAAAGUUCAAAGAAUUUCAUGCAAUUCAGAUUGUUAACCCCACAGAAACCAUCAAAUUGCAAUCAGUGGUUUCAAAAAGAAGAAUCAGAUGCUGAGUGUGAAGAUACAAGGACAGUAAGACAAUUAAGAGAGUCAAAAUGUACUUCAAAAGCUAUAUAUUCAGAACAGUUUGGAAAGCCAACAGAAAAUGAAAGUAAUGAAGUAGAAGGAAGUGCUGACAAUUUGCCAAAAACACCUGAAAUUCUUCUAUCUUUAAGAACUCCUGAAGCUGUGAGAACACCUGAAUCUUUGGAGAAAUUGCAGUUCCCUAAAACACCCUCACUUGAUAUUAACAUAAAUAGAAAUACAGUACCUGAAGGUCAAACACAAAAGGAGUCCCCUGGAAUUUCUUUUAUCCGGGGUUAUACUUCUGGAUCUCCUGGAUUGAAUUUAUUUGAUUCUUCUAUAUUUGAUUCAGAAAUCACAUCAAAUCAGUUUAAUGAACAUUAUUCUACAGCAAAUUCAAAUCCUCCUUCGUCGCAAGAAAGUGGAAACUUUUUUGGGAAAGCAGAAGGAGAAGAUGCUUUUACAUUUUCUUUUCCAUCAGACUCUUCAACUGUAAAAGAUGAUUUUAGUUUUCCAUUUUCAUUUGAACAGGAUCAAAAUGUCAUACAUUCUUCCUCUUUAAAAAGCUGUCCAUCUUCCUCACAAAAUACAACAAAAUUUACUCUUUUUUUGAACUAUCUCAUUUAUCAACAUGCAAAGGAGAUAACUUCGACUAUCUCGAAAAUCAAUGAAACGAAAACCAACAUAAAGAACAAUGCUUUGGAUGGAAACAUUGAUCAAAUCCUCAGCCCCAGGGAGCACCAGGCUGCCUGCCGGGGGCCUGCAUUAGGCGGACUCAGUGACCGCGAGAAGAAACAGAGCAUGACAGGAGCGGAAUUAUAG